ACAGACUGAGCGGCUAGAUCUAGGGUUAUAGGUUAUCUCUUUGAUCUUGUUACUCUUCGAUCUUGUGGCUCUUGAAUCUUCUUGUCACUCUUGUAACCCUUCAAACCAGAUCUAAAUAAAACGUAGCCAUCCCAUUUCUGACUUCUUCCAUCUUAGUCGACUGAAUCCCGUUCAAACAUGUACCGCGCACACGAUGCUCACCCCUUGUCGUCUCUCUCCAUCUACUACGAGAGGCUGUACCAUCGCAUAACCACAGGUCUUAUGAGUUGCGAUAUCAUUUCAAUGAGGACAUGCGAAGAAGUCGAAGAUGAAUUCUGCGACUAUAUCGCACGUCAAUACCAGAGGAAGGUUCUUUUGACCGGUCCAAUGCUUCCUGAGCUAGACAAGAGUAAACCACUUGAAGAUCAGUGGAGUAGUUGGUUGACCGGAUUUAGACAGGGCUCUGUCGUGUUCUGUGCAUUGGGAAGCCAAAUCACUCUUGAAAAGGAUCAAUUCCAAGAACUCUGUUUAGAAAUGGAGCUUACUGGUUUACCAUUUCUUGUAGCGGUAACUCCACCAAAAGGAGCAAAGACUAUUCAAGAAGCAUUGCCAGAAGGAUUUGAGGAGCGAGUGAAGGAUCGUGGAGUUGUUUGGGGAGAAUGGGUGCAACAACCAUUGAUAUUGGCUCAUCCAUCAGUAGGCUGCUUUGUGAGCCAUUGUGGAUUUGGGUCCAUGUGGGAGUCUCUAAUGAGUGAUUGCCAAAUAGUCUUGCUUCCACUUUUAAGUGAUCAGAUCCUCACCACUAGAUUGAUGACUGAGGAACUCGAGGUUUCGGUUGAAGUCCCAAGAGAAGAAACUGGUUGGUUCUCCAAGGAGAGCUUGAGUGCUGCUAUCAUUUCUGUGAUGGAUGAAGAUAGCGAGUUAGGGUAUCUGGUGAGGAGGAACCACGCCAAAUUGAAGGAGAGCUUGGUAAGUCCUGGAUUAUUAACCGGUUACACCGAUAAGUUUGUGGAAGCAUUGCAGGAUCUAGUCAACGAUACAAAUCUUGAUUGAAAUACUCUGCUUGUGAAGCAGCUGUUUCAAGUUAGGCAAUAAGUGACCAGACCGUGACGAACUUGUUUAUGUUGUUAUUGUUUUUUUCAUUUCAUCAGCUCUUUAGCAAC